AUGAACGUUGGUUGCAAUGAAAGAGAUCGAGAAACUCUUGAAGUCUUCAAGGGAAGCAUUAAAGAUCCAUGGAACCUACUCUAUUCUUGGUCUGCUGAACAAGAUUGCUGUAACUGGUUUGGAGUUCACUGUGAUAACCUCACAAGAAGAGUCACGGAGCUGGACCUCUCGCGGAAUUUCCCUUCUGAUAACCGAUUAGGGGGUCAGAUAAACUUGUAUGUUCUGAAACUAGAAUCUCUCAGCUUCUUGGAUUUGCAUGGGAAUGACUUUAAUGCUAUUUAUAUUCCAACCGUCCAUAACUUGUCACUGAUUUCAACCAUCCACCAUGGUGCAAACUUCUCCAAUCUUGUUUAUCUUGAUUUUUCACAAAACGAUGACCUCAGAAUCAAUGAUCUUAUAUGGGUUUCGCAGCUAUCUUCUCUGAAAUAUCUUGACCUCAGCAAUGCUGAUCUCUCUGAGGAAACUCUUUGGCUUCAACGGGUUAACCUGCUCCCUUCACUUAGGGAGUUACGACUAAGGGCCUGUUUGGGUUCACUCCCAAAAUGCUUGGGUAACAUUGGAGAAACAUUGGAUGAUUUCAUCCAUGAUUCUCACUAUCAUGAAACCCAAAGGACUGUUCAAGAUUCUUCAAGGACUUGUGAGGAAUAUCAACAUUUAUUUUAUAGAGACUGCGACAAAUACGGCUACUCUGAUUUUAUGAAUUUUCGAGUUCUUCCAAUGCAGGCUGUUGACCUCUCAAUGAAUGACCUUUCAGGAUCAAUACCUCCAGAAUUAUUUAUGUCAGGUCAUUUAGCAGCUUUAAAUUUAUCCCGUAAUGGUUUGACGGGGAGUAUCCCGAAUGAGAUUUGGCAUAUGAAAGAGUUGGAGUUGCUUGACCUCUCAAGGAACCAACUUGUUGGAGAAAUUCCUCAAAGCAUGUUCAAUAUAAAUUCUUUAUCAGUCUUGAACUUGUCAUACAAUAAUUUGAGUGGAAAAAUUCCCUUGGGCACCCAAUUUCUGACUUUUGAGGCAUCUAGCUACAUGGGCAAUCCUGAACUUUACGGAGGUCCACUAACAGAAGAUAAUCCAGAAGGAGAAAUACCCAAUGAGGAAAAAGAGAUCAUUGAAGGAAGCGAUGAUGAUUUUUCAAAAUGUUUCAAGAUGGGCAUGGCAAUUGGAUUUGCUUACAGCUUUUGGGGUGUAUGUUUGUCCCUAUUCUUCAUCUACCCAUGGAGAAAUGCCUAUUUUCGGUUCCUCAGGAAUAUGUAUGAUCGAAUUUAUGUCUUCAUUGCUUUGAAGAAAAAAUGGCUUCGCAGACACGUGACAGGCUAUGAUAUAUGUUUCCAGCCUUCCAGGACUCUUGACAUUUUUCUUGCAUGA